AUGCUAGAUGAGAUCAUCGAUCUUAAAGGCAAGAUCUUUUGUCGUGAAUUUAUCGAUGUCCAGCUAAAUGGAGGCUACCAACUUGAUUCCUUUGCGCGACCAGCUACAUAUGCGGAAAACCUUAGAUCCCACAAUCGUCUCUUGAUUCACUCAGGGGUGACCUCGUACUUACCUUCCGUGACGAGCUCGAGGCCCGAUAUUUAUCCUGCUGUUCUACCAUACCUCGGACCCUCAGGAUAUAUCAAGAUUGCGGAAGAGGGUGCAGAGAGCUUUGCGGCACAUGUUGAAGGAUCCUUCCUUUCCUCUGAAAGAAGUGGAAUCCAGAAUCUCGAUGUACUUCUCAAAGCCAACUCCUUCGGUGUUCUUGAGGCUUGUUGUGGUGUGGAGAACCUCAACAUCGGGCUCAACAUCAAAAGGAUCGCGGCGGCUCCUGAGUUGAGCAACAUGAUGUUCCUCAUCCCCGAGCUGAAAUCAAGGAAUACAGUCUUCUCGAUUGGGCAGACUGAUCUCCACGCCAGAGGGCCAGGAAGCAAUCGAGGCCGACGCCACUAUGGUAACUCACAUGUCUAA